AUGGUCUGGGAAACUAUGAUUAAAUACAUGACAGAUGGCUGUAUGCUGAGGGAGAUUCUUGCAGACCGCAGUUUAUCACAGUACAGCAUUGUGAUCCUGGAUGAAGCACAUGAGAGGAGCCUGAAUACAGAUGUUUUGCUUGGGUUACUCAAGAAAACUCUGUCAAAAAGGUCCCAUGGUCAUAAAACCCCCUUCAAAGUGGUUGUGAUGUCAGCAACAUUAGAAACAGAAAAGCUCAGCUCUUUUUAUGAGAACUGUCCUGUAUUCACGAUUCCUGGACGUACAUAUCCGGUCGAGGAGAAAUUCUGUAAUCUUAUUGGCCCAAAAGACAAAGAUAGUUCUGUCUAUGUCAAAGAGGUGGUAAAGGUGACUUUAGAUGUGCACACAAAUGAAGCAGCCGGUGAUAUUUUGGUCUUCCUGACUGGACAGUCUGAAAUCGAGAAAGCCUGUGAUUUGCUCUUUGAGAAGGCUGAGAUCUUAGACUACCGUUAUGAUGUCCAUGACCAAACUGUUGAAGGGCUUCUAAUCCUGCCUUUAUAUGGAUCCAUGCCAACAGAUCAGCAAAGGCAAAUAUUCCAGCCUGCACCAAAAGGUGUGAGAAAGUGUGUGGUUGCGACGAAUAUCGCUGCAACUUCACUCACAAUUGAUGGAAUCAGCUAUAUCGUUGACAGUGGAUUUGUGAAACAACUGAAUCACAACUCAAAUGUUGGUUUGGAUAUUUUGGAAGUGGUACCUAUAUCAAAGAGCGAGGCUCAGCAGAGAGCAGGCAGGGCUGGACGAACCUCUGCAGGAAAAUGCUUCAGGAUUUACAAUAAAGACUUCUGGGACACAUGCAUGCUUGAGUACACCAUUCCAGAGAUUCAGCGGACCAGUCUAACAUCUGUCAUUCUCACACUGAAAUGUCUCGGUAUCCAUGAUGUGAUUAGAUUUCCUUACCUGGACAGUCCAGAGGAACGGUUUAUCCUGACCGCUCUGAAACAGCUGUAUCAGUAUGAUGCUAUUGACAGGAGGGGUGACGUGACCAGGCUGGGGAGGUUGAUGGUGGAGUUUCCUCUGCCUCCUAAUCUUACUCGUGCUUUGCUCAAAGCUGCCGCUCUCGGGUGUGAAGACGUAAUGCUGCCUGUGGCCGCGAUGCUCUCAGUAGAGAACAUCUUCAUUCGACCAGCCUGA